UACGAUCACGAGACCGCUCACAGCUGACCGAGCUGUCAGUGCAUCGUUUGUCCUUUGGGUACUGCAUAGAGAAGAGCAGAAGUAAACUCAAACUGUGAUUAGAAAUGGCUGGGGGUAUGGACCGUGCCCAUGCACUCCCCAAGAUUGGGGACCAAACCAGAGAACGUAGCUUUGGCUAUGUGUUUGGUGUUUCUGGCCCUGUGGUGACGGCUGAAAAGAUGAGUGGCUCAGCCAUGUACGAGCUUGUGCGUGUAGGCCACGCUGAGCUUGUUGGAGAGAUUAUUCGCUUGGAGGGAGAGUUUGCUACAAUUCAGGUGUACGAAGAAACAUCUGGUGUCACCGUCGGAGAUCCUGUAUUGAAAACUGGCAAGCCUCUUUCCGUGGAGUUGGGACCUGGCAUCAUGGGUAAUAUUUAUGACGGUAUCCAGCGUCCCCUGCAGGAGAUCGGAGAGUUGACCCAGAGUAUCUACAUUCCCAAGGGUAUCUCGACACCUGCUCUUAACAGGAGCAAGACCUGGGAGUUCAUCCCAUCAUCUACCGUCAAGGUGGGAAGUCAUAUCACCGGCGGCGACGUAUUUGGUGUGGUGUAUGAGAACACGCUCAUCAAACACAAGAUCCUCCUACCGCCUAAAGCCAGAGGCACUGUUACAUUCCUGGCUGCCCCCGGCAACUACACGGUGGAAGAGACCGUCCUGGAGGUCGAGUUCGAUGGAGAGAAGAAGAAGUACAACAUGAUGCAGGUGUGGCCAGUGCGGCAGUCGCGCCCAGUGAGCGAGAAGAUGCACGCCAACCAUCCUCUGCUGACGGGACAGCGCGUGCUCGACUCUUUGUUCCCGUGCGUGCUCGGUGGCACCACAGCCAUCCCCGGGGCUUUCGGCUGCGGCAAGACCUGCAUUUCUCAGGCCCUUUCCAAGUACUCCAACUCCGACGUCAUCAUCUACGUCGGCUGUGGCGAACGAGGCAACGAGAUGGCUGAGGUGUUGCGUGAUUUCCCCGAGCUUGAAAUGGAAGUUGAGGGAAAGAAAGUGAGCAUCAUGAAGCGUACAUCCCUCGUGGCCAACACCUCCAACAUGCCCGUGGCUGCUCGUGAAGCUUCCAUCUAUACCGGCAUCACCCUCUCAGAAUACUACAGGGACAUGGGUAACCACGUGUCCAUGAUGGCUGACUCCACAUCGCGUUGGGCUGAGGCUCUUCGAGAAAUUUCAGGUCGUCUGGCUGAGAUGCCUGCCGACUCUGGCUACCCUGCAUACCUGGGCGCUCGCCUCGCCAGUUUCUACGAGCGCGCUGGCCGUGUGAGGUGCCUGGGCAACCCCGAGCGUGAGGGCUCCGUCACCCUCGUUGGUGCCGUGUCUCCUCCUGGUGGUGACUUCUCCGAUCCUGUCACUUCGGCUACUCUCAGCAUCGUCCAGGUCUUCUGGGGGUUGGACAAGAAACUUGCCCAGCGCAAGCAUUUCCCUUCCGUCAAUUGGCUUCAGUCGUACUCCAACUACACUCGUGCUCUGGAUGAAUAUUAUGACGGAACUUUCCCCGAGUUCGUCUCGUACAGGACCAAGUUCCGGCAGAUCUUGCAGGAAGAAGAUGAUCUCGCUGAGAUUGUUCAGCUUGUCGGAAAAGCCUCACUCUCUGAUACCGACAAGAUUACGCUCGAGAUUGCCAGGAUCAUAAAGGACGAUUUCUUGCAGCAGAACUCCUACACUUCCUACGACAGAUUUUGUCCAUUCUACAAGACUGUUGGCAUGAUGCGCAACAUCGUCGCCUUCUACGACAUGAGCAAGCAGGUGGUCAACAAGACAGCCCAGUCGGACAGCAGGGUAACCUGGCAAAUAAUACGCGAUACCAUGAGUAACCUCAUGUACGAGUUGUCAUCAAUGAAAUUCAAGGACACUUUUGAGGACGGCGAAGCCAAAGUGAAGAAGGAAUUCGAUGAAUUGUACGAAAGGAUUCAGCAAGCAUUCCGCAACAUCGAAGAUUAGAGCUCGUCCAUACAGCAUGUUCUUUCAUUCGUAAUUAAGGGUUCCAUUUUUGUCGCUGGAUCCACUUUGUGAACAGACGUGCACGUGAAUGGCCUGAUAAAGUGGUUUUAUGCAUCCUGCAAAUUUGUCUGGUUACUUAUGGCUUCGUGUUUUAUCUAUUAUCGAAAGAUUUUUUAUGUGUGAAUGAAAUUGUCAGUGUUGUUCUUCUGAAGUCAUAGUAGGUACAACUUCAAUACAUUUAUGCAGUAGCUUGUUGUGUGGUGCUGUGCUUCCUAGUUGAUAUCUCCCUGAACUCCACGUUGUGUUUCGUUCGGUUCUUAGAUGGGACUUGUUCUCGUUUCGCUGGGAUAUUUUGUACAUAGGUAAUUUAUUUAUUGCUACUAGUUUUCAAAGAAUUAUUAUACAGCAAGAGCUUGAUAUUUCAGAUUGAUAAUUUAAUGUUAGAAAUAGACCUCAGUUCGGAGUAACAUUCCUAACUGCUUAUUAUCGAAGUUCGUUUUUACCUACUCGAGACUUGGUGUCGUGUGUAAACUUUGCCAUGGCUGGAGUGUAGUAACGUAGCAGUUGGGGGCAGUGACGUUGCAGCAGAACAUUCCAUUAAGGGCGCACUAGGUCUCUGUACAUUAGAAUGAAAUGUGUAUACUGUUAA